AUGGUGAACGAGGCAUUCAAUUUCACGAUGCAACAUGGGAGUGAGGACAUCACAACAAUCGAACAUGCAGAAGAUGAUGAAAGUGUGUUACCAUACUUAUAUGAAGGUCCAAGUCGCGCGGCGCGGGAUUUUAACAAUCUACUUUCAGAUGGAGAGCAGGAGUUAUAUCUCGGAUGCUCAAAGUACUCCAAAUUAUCAUUCUUAGUGAAGUUGUAUCAUAUCAAGUGUAUGUGCGGUGUGAGUGAGAAGACAAUGUCCAUGAUUCUUGACUUACUGCGGGACGCAUUCGAACAAGCAAAACUUCCUAAGACAGUGUACGAAGCCAGGAAGACAAUAAGAAAGUUGGGGAUUCAAUACACCAAGAUAGAUGCUUGUCCAAAUGAUUGUAUGCUGUACCGAGGUGAUGAUGAGAACUUGACUAGGUACAAGAAAUGUGGGUGUUCAAGAUGGAAGCAGAAGACUAAAAAGGGCUCUAUUGUUAGGCUCAAUGUACUAGUGAAGAGAAAUGGAAAACCUAUAGCAGCCAAGACUCUUCGUUACUUUCCCCUCAUACCACGACUGCAACGGUUAUUCAUGAGCAGGAAGACUUCAAGUGAUAUGUUAUGGCAUAAACAGGCGUCUAAUAACGACGGUUUCCUUAGGCAUCCAAGGGACGCUGAAACAUGGAAGAAGUUUGAUGCAAAGUAUACUAAUUUUUCGACGGAACCGCGCAAUAUUUGCCUAGCCUUGGUGAGCGAUGGAUUUAAUCCCUUUGGGAAUAUGAGCACAAAAUAUUCCAUCUGGCCUGUGAUUCUUAUUCCGUAUAAUCUUCCACCUUGGCUUUGCAUGAAGCAGAUAUCCUUCAUUCCAUCGACGCUUAUUCCUGAGCCGAAAAUGCCAGGUAAUGACAUAGAUGUUUAUCUUCAACCCUUGAUAGAUGAGUUGAAGCAAUUAUGGGAUGGCGUCGAAACGUAUGAUGCCAAAGAGGAAAACACUUUUAAGAUGUGUGCGGCACUGAUGUGGACUAUCAGUGACUUUACGGGACUAGGAAACCUAUCUGGCUGGAAUACGCAUAGCGGGUUAGCUUGUCCUACGUGUAACUUGGAUGCUAAGCCACAGCGGCUGAAAGACAGUCAGAAAUGGUGCUUCAUGGGCCAUCGACACUUUUUGAAUCAGGGACACAAAUACAGACUAUACCGGAAUAGAUUUGAUGGGCAGGUCGAAGGUAGAGAUCCACCAAAAAAGUUAUCCAGAACAGAUGUAUUGAGGCAACAAUCUAAUGUACAUGUUUCAUUUGGGAAGAUAUCAACUGCGACAUCCAAAAAAAGACGCAAUACUCAGGAUGUGGAUGAAGAUGACUCGCAUUGGAAGAAGAAGAGUGUUUUCUUUGACCUCCCUAAAUCAAAAGACAAUCUUAAAGCUCGCAGAGAUUUACAAUGCAUGGGCAUAAGGCCUGAAUUAUGGCCAGGGAAAGGUGAUAAAUAUCCUUCUGCAAUGUUUGCGAUGUCAAAUUCACAGAGGGAUCACAAGUUAUCUGGAUUGAAAAGUCAUGACUGCCAUAUUCUGAUGGAACAAUUACUCCCAAUUUUGGUGAAGAAUGCACUACCGAGUCCGGUGUCCAAUAUGAUUGCAAAUUUGUCAUAA